AUGGAUGAUGAUCAUAUGGACGACCAUCAUAUGGAUGAUGAUCAUAUAGAUGAUGCUUUUAUGCAUGAUGAUCAUAUGGAUUAUGAUGUUACGCAUGACGAUCAUAUGGACCAUCAUGAUCAUAUCAUGGACCUACAUGAUCAUAUGAUCGAGACAGACUUUGAUGAGCAAAACGCAUGUGAGGCCGAGGUCCACGAACACCACGACGAGGAUGUACACCAAGAGGAAAUGACCAACAAUGCGAUCAUCAGCUUGGUCUUCUACAUCCUGGUCCUAGUCUCUGGCUUACCAGGAAAUGCCAUCAUCUUGCAGACGUACGCGUGGAAGAAACGGAAGACGAGCACAGAUGUCCUCAUCAUGGCCCAAGGCACCAUCGACUUCAUCGCCUGCUCAUUCACGCCUGCGUUCAUCAUCGAAAGCGGGGUCCCGGACCUACUGACAUCCGCCUUGUGCAGGAUGAAGUUCUCUAUAGAAGAGGUAACAGCUCUCACUUCGCUUUUCCUGACCACUCUGAUCAGCGUCGAGCGUUACUUAGCAGUAUGCCACCCUAUGCGACGUCGAGUGUCGGUAAGGAGGUGGAUUGCAGUUCUGGUAGUAUUCGUUGUCCUCGUGACAGUAUUUACUGGUAGGUUUGCGAGUUUUGCUGUUGUUUGUUCCUAUCACGAGAUGAUGGUCUGCCAACAGCCAACAUCACUGGGUUACACUAUGUCCAAGACGGUAUUCUUCAUCGUAUCGUUUACGACGACCACCAUACUUUACGCCCUCGUCUACGCUUUCCUCCGAAAGAGAGCGAUGAUCCACGCCGACCUGGUGAGCGGUCAACUCUCCCAAGCAACAGUCGGCUCAAAUCACCCAAGACCACUCGUCGCGAUGAUCAGCCAUGCAGCCAUGAGUUCCAAUCUUCACCAGUCGGGAGAUAUAGGAAGUCAUGAAAACAAAGUUGAAAGAAUCCAAAUUCCAUCGUCUUUGAUGACUCCUGGAUGUUCAAGUCAAACGAACUCUCCCCUGCCAUCAAAAAAGCUAUUUGGCGGGACGAAGACGAAACCUGAAUUGAUAACCACGGAACAAUCACACGAUAGCAAUGGCCCGGCACAAUUGCUUGCAACAAACACUGAUUCCUACUCCACCCUACAUCCUAAACAACAACAACAACAUCGCUCUCUCGACAAGGAUCGCCUUGCCGAGCCAAAGAGCCGAAAGGAAUUCGAUUUCGGACGGAAAACCACGAGGAUGCUACUCGUCAUGACGAUGUAUUUCUUUCUGACCUGGCUCCCACAUAUCGUGAUCAUCCACAUUCCCCAUCACGUGAUAGAAGAAAAAGGGGAAGAGAUCCAGGGAUUUUUUGCCCUGAUUGGAAUCCUUUUGACGGUGAGACUCACCAACCACACGGUCAACUUCUUUGUGUAUUACCUGGUAAGCAACAGGUUCCGUAAAGACGUCAAGGACUCCUUCAAAGUAUGCGCGAGCAGGAUUGGCGGGAAAUAG